GAUUAAGUUGUCAUACUUGUUUUUAUUUUAAACAUAGCAAACUUCAGAAUUGUUAAAUCUAGUGACAUCUAUCGUUUUAAAAUUAAGUAAUGUCUACUGCUCAUAUUUUUCAUCAAGUGUAUUGCGUAUAAAGUUAGAAAAAAAUAUUUUUAUUUAUGGUUAUAAAAGUGUGUAGUUAAUGUUAGAAAAACAGGAUAUAUCUUUUUUAAUAUCUAGUUUAUAUAGUUUCACUAUUCUUUGAAUAGAAUUGUCGAAUGAUUAUUUAGUGUACAGUUUUAAUAAAUUGCUAUUCACUCUGAUUGUGAUUCCAGCCAUUUCAUGUAUUCAACGUUUUUAACAUUCAAUAGCAUUAAAUGUUACAAAAUGUUUAAAAAUGUUCACUCACAUAUAUUUAAAUAAUCCUAUUUAUUUUAAUCUUCGAUAAAUACACCAUCAUCUUUAGAAUAAUCCAAGAUGUCAAUGUAUUUUAUCACUGAAAUCAAGAUUUCACCUUGACUCAAUAUUUAUUAAACAGGGAAAUUUUUUCUGUUUUCACAAUGGUGGUAGUAGCUGACGAAGUUGUUGGCGAUGCUGCCCAUGAUUUGCCAAUAUGUAAUACUACUAAAGAGAGCGAUGGAUUUAAGCCAGUAUUUGUUUCUAUAGACUAUUAUAAUCGUAAACGAUCAUCUUUUGAGUCCGACUAUUUUACAUCUAUCAUUAUAAUUCUUGCUGGUAAAAAAAUUCUACAUGGCAGUUUGGAAAGUGAUACUGUUUUUGGAGGAAAAAAAGGUUUAAUAGUUGGAACUGAGGUAACCGUACGUCAACUAAUAGAUAUUGUCUCAUGCUGUGACAAGUAUCAUCCUCCUCUAGAAGCUUUUCAACUUUUCAUACAAAUUGACAAGGAAGUUAAGAUUCCUUUGAAUUAUAAACAUAAUCAAACUCUUGAGAAUAUUGGCAUAGAUCUUACUACAUUGGAUACAUUUCAUAUAGAAUGUGUAAAAAAAGAUGAAUAUAGUGAUGAUAUGAAAGAACCUUAUGUAGAAAAUAUGAUUCAACUUCAAUUAGAUAAUUCAUAUUGUGUAAGUCCAACUAAAAUUUCAAUGUCUUUUUUUGUAAGAGAAACAACGAGAGUUAGUGAACUUUUUAAUAGUAUAUCAGAUUUGCAUAAAUAUUUACCCUAUGAACCAAAUUCAUUGGAGCUGAGCUCAGGUUACAUCAAAAUGUCUACCUCUGAUGGUCACAGUACAAUGGCAGAAAUGGGUUUUAAUUUUAGUAAGUUUGACGUUUAUCGUUUAAGAAUAACAAAAGGAAAUCUCGAUGAAAUCGUUAAAAUUAAAGACCCAAGUCGUGCUAGGUGUUAUUUAGAAAAAGAAAACUUAUUAUUAGGUCAUUCAUCAAACAGUGAAGAAGAAAAUGAAGAACUUGAAUACACAUUUUCAUAUAAGAAAUCUACUGAAAAUUAUGAGCCUGAAGUAAAACCAGAUAAUGCUUAUGUAGGGCUUGUAAACCAAGCAAUGACAUGUUACCUGAAUAGCCUUCUUCAAGCACUUUAUAUGACUCCUGAAUUCCGUAAUGCUUUGUACAAUUGGGAAUACGUUGAAGGCUCAGAGAAAGAUGAAUCUAAUAGUAUUCCAUAUCAAUUGCAGAAACUUUUUUUGAAUCUUCAAACUUCAACGAAAAAUGCUGUUGAAACAACAGCUUUGACAAAAAGUUUUGGAUGGGAUUCUACAGAAGCAUGGCAACAACAUGAUAUUCAAGAAUUAUGUCGAGUGAUGCUCGAUUCUCUCGAACAAAAAUUCAGAUAUACUGAACAAGCUGACUUAAUAAAUCGUUUGUAUGAAGGAAAAAUGAUUGAUUAUGUCAAGUGCUUGGAGUGUAAAAUGGAAAAGUCUCGAGAAGAUACUUUUUUGGAUAUACCCCUACCCGUUAAAACAUUUGGUAGUAAUGUUGCUUAUAAUAGUGUUGAAGAGGCCCUUCGUGCGUUUGUUCAACCAGAAACACUUGAAGGCGUCAAUCAGUAUUUUUGUGAAACGUGUAAUAAAAAAUGUAAUGCUCAUAAAGGACUAAAAUUCACCAAAUUUCCUUAUCUUUUGACUUUACAUCUCAAAAGAUUUGAUUUUGAUUAUAACACUUUUCACAGAAUUAAACUCAAUGAUAAAGUUACAUUUCCUGAUAUUUUGAAUUUAAAUUCAUUUAUCAAAUCGAAAGAUAAUCAACAAGAAUCUCUAUUAUUAGAAGAUGAUAGCACAAGUGAAAUCAAAGUAGAUGAAAAUUCUACAAUCGAUAAUGAUAAUGUAGAUGAUGGUCUACCUUGUGACAAUGGAAUUUCAUCAAGUGAAGCUACAAAUUCGAGUAGCGAACAAAAUGAUGAUGAUGGAAUCGAUGUAAGUCAUUGUCCAUCAACAUCAAGCACUCAUAGCCCAGAGAAUGAACACAAUCAAACUAAUAAUGAAUAUUGUACAGGUCCAUAUCAGUAUGAAUUAUUUUCUAUAAUGAUUCACAGUGGUGGUGCUAGUGGUGGUCAUUACUAUGCUUACAUUAAAGAUUUUAAAACACAAAAAUGGUUAUGCUUCAAUGACCAAAGUGUUACCUCAAUUACUCGAGAUGAUAUUCAAAAAACCUAUGGUGGUGGACCCAGUAGAGCGUAUUACAAUGGAGCUUACAGUAGUAGUACAAAUGCCUAUAUGUUGAUGUAUAGACAAAUUGAUCCAGAGAGAAACACUUUACCUAUGAAUAUCGAAGAUUUUCCAACCCAUCUACAGGAAGUCUUAAAAAAAAUGAGAGAACAAGAGAAAAAAAAUAAGAAAAAGAAUACCAAUCUUCAUAGUUUAAAAAUUUUCUUCCAUCAUCCCAUUGAAAAAAAAUUAGCGAAAGCAUUGAUACUUGUAUUAAUUGAUGAAACAUUGGCAGGAAUCACAGAAAAAGCUUAUAAACAGUUUAAACUUGAUGGGGUUGUGGAUCUUGAUCAAUGUCGUUUGGUUGUUUACAGUCCAUAUAAUGAUGUCAUUACCUAUAGUUUAGAGAAAUUUGAAGACGGUCGUUUUAGUGACUUAUUAUGGCAUUUUUGUAAUUCAAAUUCAGAAAAGCGUAUCACUUCUCACAGUUUUAUGUUAGAAAUUAAGAGAAAGGAUGAAAAAUUUAAAGUAUAUCUUCCUUCUGAAAUUACUACUAAAGUCUUCCUUAUAAAUGUAGCAACCAAAAAAAUUGAAGAUGGGCCGAUAAAUAUUCGUGUUGAUCCAUUUCUUACAGUUUCAGAAUACAAAAAAGUACUUAGUGAACAUUUAAGUAUAUCUCUUUGGCAAAUGCAGGUGGUAGUUUUAAAAAGUACAUCAGAAGUACAAUUAUUAGAACAUGAUUAUGACAAACUUGAUAAGCUAGGUUUCACUAGUGGAUGCAAAGUUUUUGUUGCGACUAAAAUUGACAUCAAUAACUCUAAAUCAUUCAAUGAAUCAACGCUCAAACAAUUAGUAGAUAUUUUUGAAAAUGUUGUUAUGUUAAAUGUGCAAUUACCGGAAGUAAAAAGUGAAAUAUUGGAUGAAUUAAAUAUACCUUCAUUAGAAAAUAAACUUAAAGAACAACAAGAAGAAAAUAACUUUACAGUUACUGAGGCUCCAGAAACUUAUGUUAAUGGCGAAUCGACAAUAAAAGCGGAAAAAUCACAUGAUAUUGUUGAUGGAAUACCAAUAAGAUCUACUGAAGAUCUUUCAUCCGUUUCAAAUAAUGGACCAACUGAAAGUGAAGAAUGUCAAGAACAAAGUAAUAGUGAAGACAGUAGUCUCAGUGAUAGUGAUAAAACGUUAGUUGGUAAUGCUUCUGAGGAUGAUGAUUAUUGUUUGGCCUAUGUCAUUAAUAAAUUUGUUGAUUUAAAUUCGAAAAUGUGGAGUAUUGAUAUCAAUGAAGAAUACUUUUUUCAAGCCAGAAGUAUACCAGAUGCACCGAAUUAUAUUCAAAUAUUUGUUGAUACUCGUAUAAAUAUGCAAUUAUUAAAGAAAUAUUUGGAACCAUUUGUUAAAGUUCCGGCAGAGUAUUUCAGUAUUGACCGAGAUAGCGAUAGCAUCUAUAGUGAAUUAAAACAAAUUUUAAAAACUAUUAAAGAUGGAGAAAAACUUGUUGUCAAACUUGGUCGAGUACUGCGAGACAAUGAAUUUAAAGUUCGCUUUUUCCGAUUUGGCUUAGAUUCAACAAGAUGCUUAAUGACUAAGGGGUAUGUUUGUGAUUGGGUAAUUUCAACAAAUGAUACUGUUGCAGAAGUAAAGGCACAAAUUUUGACAGAAUUUGAAAAAAAUCACGGUAUUAAAAUACCUUAUAAAAGUUGUCUUUUGAGGAAAGUCAAAGAAGAUGAACCAUGGAUAGUAUUGCACGAUAAACAGAAAAUUAAAGAAUGUAAUAUUGAACCUUAUGAUGAAUUAAUUAUUCAAGAAAAUGAAACUGCAGAAGUAAUGAGUCCAAAAAAAAUUAUCAUUGCAAUUAGGCUGUUCCAAGAAGAUGGUCCCUUCCAAGAAAUUAUAAUUAAUUCUCCACCUGUGAUUGAAGAACUUAGAGAGAAGAUUGCUGAAAUUGCAAAUGCUCCAAUAGAAGAAAUAGAAGUGAAAAAAGGUGCAUGGGUAAUAGACUUAUGCACUGAUUAUGAUCCAACAGAAAAAUGGACUCCAGCAACAGAUGAUGUUUGGCCAAUAGCAUUUGAAGAUGGUGUUGUCAUAAUGUACAGAUUUAAAGGUGAUUCUUCAAAUGGAGAAAAAAAAUUUUCUCAAAGAAGCUACAAGAGACUUUACAUUAAUUCCAAUCAUCUUGGAACAAGAAUAAGGAAUAUGGGAGUAGGUCGGGUUCCUACACCAGAUAAUACACAUCGAGCUCCCACAUCAGAUCAUACACAUCGGGUUCCUGCAUCAGAUCAUCGACGUAGAGAACGAGCACUUAAAAUUUAUGUGGAUCAUAAAUGAUCGAACAGCGAAAUGCAUGACAAUCAGCUAGUGGAGAGCUGAUGUUCUAGGUAGUAAUUUUACUAAAAUAAACGGGACAAAUAUAAUCAAUAAAAAAUACAGAUAUUUUUGGUGUCUGGUCUGAGACUAAAAUUGUGAGCACAAGUUCACAUCUAUAUUUAUCGAUUUAUCUUUAAAUUUUGUAUAAAUGGAAACGAAAAAGAUUUAACUGCUACAUAGUUUCUCUACUCAUUCACGUACAUACUUUGAAAUGUAAAUGUUUUUAAAUAAUUCAUAUUAUCGAAAACACUAUAAUUAACCAUAAAAACAUCAUACAAAAUUAUGUCAUUCUAUUAUUUCGAAAGCUUAAUGAAUGUAAGCUAAAAUCAUUGUCAAAUAUUCUUAUCUUGCAUUUACUUUGCAAUUAUGCUAUACAUGAUCAUUUAAUCAAUCAAUUGAGCUUACAUUACUAAUUACAAACAAAAACUGGGAAGUUGAAAAAAUAUAGAACAAUUUAAUUUAACGAAAGAAAAAGUAAUAAGAAUUAAGACUAAAUUAAUUAUUUAUGUAGAAAACAAUAAUAAAGUUAUCUAUACUGAAAAAAAAAUUUUUUAAAAUAAAUAAAUAAAUGAAGAUAAACAGUAUAUUUGCUCGGAUUAAAAUAAGAGGCCGAAAAUGAUCAAAUAGUUUUUUUUGAAUAAAUAAUAUAGCUGUAAAAGAAAUUAUAUUUAUGAUAAUGGUAACGUAAAUACAAUUGGAAUGACUGAAUUUAUCGUUGAUUAUAUGAAGUGUGUCGAGCAAGAAAAAUUAGAUUAUAAAUAACAUUUAUAUUUUUUUUUACGCCAAUUAAUGUGCUAAAUUAUUUUCGCACUAAAAAAUGUGGUGUAGAGCUUUAGAAUUCAAUGUUUUACAAUAUUCAUCCUCUUCUCAAAUUUAGCAUUAUUCAAUCAUAUUCUGCAUAUCUAAUGUAAAUAACUCAUUUUACAUUGUACAAUUAUUUCUUUAUUAUAUCCUAUUCACUUUUUUUAUUGUUUUAUUUUAAGAUCAAUGAAUCAUUGAUAAUAUAUUUUGAAAGUAAUCUUAAAAUGUAAACAAUAAGUUAUACAUAUACAUUUGUUUUUUUUCUAUCAAAUCAUUUGUCUUAAAUGUGCGCUUAUGUUUUUUUUCUUAACACUUACAUAAAUAAAGAAUCAAAUAAUCAUAAAAAAAAUGAUUAUAUUGUAAGUUUUCUCGAGUGUGUGCAUAUAUUUAUUUGAUUGUAUUUAAUUAUCAAGAUAUUAAUUAAUAUUAGAGUUAAAGGAAUAUUUAAUUUAUCAAGUGAAAGAACAAUGGUUUAAUUUGUUGUGAGA